GCACCACUUUCAGCAACAACAAAGCCGGCGAAUCGGGAGCAGGAAUAGCCAUUCUAGAGCAGGCCCACGGCACCCUCAUAGCUUGUGCUUUCAAGAGGAAUGUGGGGGGUGGGGAGGGUGCAGGGGUGUAUGUUAACCGGGGAGGGGCAGCGGGUGGGGAGGUGGGGGAUGCUGGGGCUGGAUCGGUGGCUGUGAGUGAGUUUCUGCCCCCUGGGGCUGGGUCGGUGGAUGGGAGUGGAGCUGAUGGCAACACUGACAUGAGCAACAGCACUGCAACUGCUACUGCUGCUGAUGUGGCUGCUGCUGCUGGUGUGGCGGCAGCAGCAGCAGCAAGGGGUGGGGGGUUGCUGCCAUUGGCAGUGUCCGGUCUAGCUUUUCAAGGCAACACUGCGGCCAGCACAAGUGUGUCUGCAACCCUCGGGGGCUCUGCCUUUUUCGACGCCACCUUUGAGCCCUCCAUGCGCUCGCCGUGCCUCCGCUGCCACCGCACCGACCCCCUUGACACCUUGGGCUCUCCCCCAACUUCCUUCAUGAUGUGGUGGGAGGGCAGUGGGGAGCGGGACACAGGCGGACAGGCGCGCUACAGAGUGAGGGGGGACAUGGCAAACCCCGUGGGAGGGCAGUGGGGAGUGGGACACAGGCGGACAGGCGAGGAUGACUCGGUGUUGGUGGAGGUGGUGCCAAGCCCCUUCAUCGCGGGGGAGCUCCGAGCAACAGCAGAAAGAAGAACCUUAAUCGCUUUCUCUCUCAUUUGCCUCUCCUGCUCAUCCUCCCCAUCACAUCAGGAUGACUCAGUGUUGGUGGAGGUGGUGCCAAGCCCCUUCAUCUCUGGCGAGCUCCGAGCAACAGUAGUGGGCAGCACUGUCACUGUGCCGCCCAUCACAAUCGUCCAACUCCCUCCCUCCCUCACUCCUGCUGCUCCUACCGUCGACCCGACCGAUACCCCAACUGGUGGUAACCCUACCGCUGCUUCUACCGGUGGUGACCCCAUUGCUGCUGCCUAUUCCGCUGCUCCCACUGAUGCUCCCGAUGCGACAGCUGGCGUGCUGUCAUUGGCUGUGGCCGUCAGCAGCCCGCUGACCGCGUUCCCGCCGUUUCAGCGCACGCUGGAGAUUAAUUCUCAAAACAGCCUGAUGAGAUGCACCAUCUGUCCCAUCGGCAGCUACUGCGGGCCUGGCAGGGGCGCCCAGCACUGCCCAGAUGGCACCUUCUCCUUCCGCCCAGGUGCCACCUCCCCCACUGACUGCCUCCCCUGCCCCAACACCACCAACGCCCGCACCCACCUCCCCGCUAUGACCUGCUCUGACGGCGCUGCUGACGUGGCGGCGGGGUAUUGGCUGGAUCCGGGGAGCGUCGCGAACGGGCAGGUGGUGGUGUAUUCGUGCGAUGUGCUCAACGGGUGUCCCGGGUUCCAAGCUUCUACCCUCCAAAAUGGAAGCGAUUCUCAGCUUUACCCGAAUCCGGAUUCAAGUUUAGCGCCAGGAGGAGGUGUGGCGGCGGCGGUGUGCGGCGGAGGGGAAGGGGCGCAGGGGCGGUGUGGAGGGGUUGAGGGGGGUGUUGGGGAGUAUGGGCAGUGCGGGGAGGGGUACGCCCAAGUGCGCCUGUGCUCUGAGUGUGCUUCAGGUUUCUACUCUCUGCUGAGGGAGUGCCACUCCUGCACUGCCACCCUCAACACUCUCUUCCCACUCUUCCUCACGCUUAUCCCUCUGGCAUGGGCAGCCAUGGCACUACUCUCCUCCGCCUUCCACGCUGCAGCAAUCUUCCUCACUCCCCCACUCCCUCUCUUCCCGCUCUACCUCAUUCUGAUCCUCCUAGCGUGGGCGGCCAUGGCACUACUCUCAUCCGCCUUCCACGCUGCAGCCAUCUUCCUCACAGACCUGCAGCUGCUCUCACUCAUUGCAUCCUACACCGUACCGCUCCCCACCUGGCUCAACCCCUUCAUUCAGCUCUUCCAGCUCUCACUCUUCAUCCCCGACCUGAUUGCACCUGCUUGCUCUACACCCUUCGGCUACGAGCAGGAAUGGGCAGUCACCAUGCUCGUACCCCUUAUAGGCCUCCUCGUUUACGCCGCAAUCUUUGCCCUGCGCAAGCUCUACCUGUUUGUUUUCCGUAGCAAAAGCACCUCUACCGCUGCAGUUACCACCUCCACUUCCCCUCCUCCUCCUCCUGCUGCUGCUGCUGCUGCUCCCGCUGCUACUGCUACCACCAGCAACAUAGGAGCAGAAGACACUGCUUCCCCCAACCACCCUCCAUCCCACACCCACUCUGACCCCUUCAAUUACACCCUAUUUCACGGGGUAACCAACUGGUUAGACCUCUGCUACGCGCCAGUCAUUUACCGCUGCCUGCAAGCCCUCCACCCGUACUUCUAUGGGAUACAGACGCUCGCCGCCGCCCCGACUAUCGUCUGGUUCUCCGCCGCCCACAACACCAUGUUUGCUUUGUCUGUAGUGGUGCUGGUGUUAUAUGGGAUGGGUCUGCCUGUGGGUCAUGCGGUGGUGUUGUGGUGGCACCUCACGUGCUACGCGCGGCGCCUGUUCAUAGCCUCCCUGGCAGUCUUCCCCUGCACGUCCCCCGAGACACAGCUCUCCGUCACGCUCCCUCUGCAAGCGAUCCACAUCGGCCUCCACUUCGCCGCCUCCCCACACUCCUCGCUCUCUCUCGACCUCCUCUCCUCCCUCCUCGCUCUCUCGGAGCUUCUAUUCACGGUUGCUCUCACGGGGAAGAGCUAUGUGGUUGUGCCGGCGGCCGCUACAGGGCUGUUUGUGUGCGCGCUCGUGCUGCUGCUUGUGCCUGCGGCGUUGGUGUUGUUAUAUGAGAUGGUGAAUGGCACGGAGUGGACCCACCACCUGGCCAAGUCCCAGCUCUACGCGGUCCUCUCCCAGGCCCUCCUCGGCGCUGCUGUGGGGGAUGUCACUGUCGCCCGCAUGCCCGCAGGGAAAAGCGACGCCCAGGUUCUCAGCUCACGGAUUGCCCAGCACCAGCAGCAGCAGCAGCCGCAGCAGCAGCGGUCAAGUCAGCAGGAGCAACCAAACCAGCAGCAGCAGCUGUUGGGAGCAGCAGCGAUGGAGCGGGGAGGCGUGGGGUCUACGAGUGGGCGUCGCAGCAACAUCAGCGCUCUGGUUCGCAGCCUAUCCAAGCGAGAGGGCGUCACUAAUGCCUCUGCCACUGACCUUCUCUCCUCCAUGUCUCGCAGUAGCUCCCGCCGUGAACUCCCCGGAGCAGCAACAGCGGCAGCAACAGGAGCACCAGGAGGGGCAGCAGGGGUGGCAGGGGUGGGAACAUCAGGCAUGGCCGAAGGUGCAGCAGGGGCAGCAGGAGCUAUCACCAUCAGCGGUAGUGGGGGGCUGCUGGUAAGGAGCGGAUCCACCUCACAAGACAUACCUUCCGAGGCCACCGCCUGGGCUUCUGCGAUCGGCGCGUACGGCCUCCCUAGAAGCAGCUCCCGCCGCGAGAUCGUCCCUGACUCACCCCGGCUCGCUCCCGCUGCCCUAGGAGCACCAACAGGGCCCUUGUUCGCUGGAGCAGCAGCAGCAGGGGGAGCAGGUGUGGUGGGUGCAGCAGGGGGAGCAGGUGCAGGAGCAGCAGCAGCAGGGGGGGGUCUAGGAGGGGUGCUAGCAGUAGGAGUGCCAGGAACACCUGUGACCCGCCCUGGGCUGUCUCGCAGAGAGAUCGUACCCGACUCACCUCUGACCUUCUCCAGGAGUGCUUCCCGUCGCACUGCCCUCGCAGACUCCCCCGCUUCCUCCGCCCUCUCCCCCUCCCCCUCUGCCGCUGCCUUGACCGGCGUGCCUGGCCCCGGCAGCCUGGGUGGCUUCUCCUUGUCCCGUAGCGGCUCCCGCCGCGACCUCUCAGGAGAAUUCUCAGGUGUUUUGCCGGUCGUGCGGCAGUCCAUGUCACGAAGCUCCUCGCGGCGGGAGAUUGUGGCGGAGAUUGAAGGGGAGCUUGCAGCCUCGGGAUUGCCGGGGGCGCUGUCGCGGUCACUCUCCCGGUCGCUGUCUCGGAGCGCGUCGAGGAGGGAGAGGUGGAAUGAUGGGAGUAGUAACUUUGGAGGGGGGGUUGUGGAGGCUGAGGUGGUGUCUUGUGCUGAGUGGCCGCCUAGGUUAGAGGACCAUGUCACUUGGGCUGCUGCUGCUGAUGUUGGGGGUGCUGCUGCUGCCAAUGGUGGUGGUAGUGGUGCUGGUGACUCCUCUGCUGCUGCUAGUGGAUCAUCACUACCGCCAGUGGCCACACCAGGAGAAGCAGCAGCAGCAAGCACAGAAAGAAUAGCAGCACCAGAAACUGCUGCUGCAGCAGCAGCAGGAGAAGGAGGAGCAGGAGGAGCAGGAGGAGUAAGGGCAGCAGCAGGGAGCAGGGGAGCGGGAGGGGAGGGGGAGUACCUUGAGGCGCGGCUGAGUGUGGCGGAGUUGACACUCACGUUUCAGCGCCACCUGGCGAUCCUGGUGCGCGUGGAGGCACACCGCAGGGAGGACUCGCUGCGCCUGCUGUUGCGAUCCGAUGCGGUGCAGGACAUCAUUGCUUGGCUCACCUCUCCGUACUGUAAUGCGGAGGAUCAACGGCUUGUGUUGGAGUUGGUCAGAUUGAUGAGGGAGGCAGCAGAAGCAGAAGCAGGAGGGCUGCAGUGGUACAAGGGGUUCCUUUGCUUCUUCCGCACACUAAGAAUAGGCAGGCAAUCCGGUGCGCAUAGUCCCCGCCCCGGCGCGCUUCCGCGGUCAGGAAGCGACGGCUUGCCAGAGCAGGUGUCCCGCGGCGCGCACGGGAUUCACGGGGUUUAUGGCGGUCACGGGGAUCGACAUUCGCAGCAGCAGCAGCGGCGCCUGGUGCCGGAGUUGAAUCGGCCCGGCACGGCGGGCGAGGCGAUGCCCCGCUCCUUCUCUUCCACGGACGCCGCUGACGUGGCAGCGGCGCGCGGCACUCCCGGGGAGUUCUCGAUGGACAUCCCGAACGUGCGACGGGCGAAUGCCGCGAGGCCCGCUGCUGGGACGGAGGAGAUGCGCGCAGACGGUAACGGAGAGAUGACGGUUUCUGCUUACACGCCACCCAGCGUCCGGUUUACGUCAGAGUACCCCCGCCCUCCCCCCAGCGUGAGUAGCAUCUCCUCAGAAUCCGACCACGCGCGGGUACUCGUCUCCGCGCUCAUGGACGGGUCGAACGCGGAGAAGCGCGCGGCGCUGGCGGCGCUGCUAGAGCAGGCGGAAUCGGAUGAGGGGAAGCUCAGUGUGGCCGCAGCGGGCGCGGUUCCGGUGCUGUCUGUCCUCCUCACUCUCCCCGACAGUCCCGGGGAGCCCACGAAACUAGCCGCCGCGCGCGUGCUGCUGCGCCUCGCGUGCUUAGACGAGAACCGAGUGGUGAUCGCUAAAGCGGGGUGCGUGCCCUCGUUUGUGUCACUCCUGCGCACCGGCGGCCCCGAGGCGAGAGCGGUCGCGGCGCGGGUGCUGUGGAACUUAGCGGUGAACACAGAGAAUAAGGUUAUUAUCGCCGCGUCAGAGGCCGUCCCGUCUUUAGUCGCAAUUAUCCAAUCGGACUCUGAGAGUGAAGCGAAACAGGAGGCUGCAGAGGCUCUAGCGCAGCUUACAGCCAAUAAUGUUAGGAAUCAGACGGCUGUAGCAGAAGCAGGGGGCGUGCCCGCUCUCGUGACUAUGCUGAAAGAAGGCUCGCCUCCCGAGCAGGAGAAAGCGGCGCUCGCUUUAGGCACAAUCGCUGUGAAUCACGACGAGAACAAGUUGACUGUAGCGGGAGCAGGCGCGUGUCCCCUCCUCCUAGACCUGCUCUGUCAGAACGAUCAUCCCGAGGCGUCAAAGAAUGCUGCCUGGGCUCUCUACGUCCUGUCCUCCAACAAGGUAUCCGCGACUUACAUCCUCGCUAGUGGCGGACUCGUUGCAGUGAAAAGAGUGCAGAACGAAGGCCCGCCGGAGUCACUGUAUUGGGCUUCGCACAUCUUGUCUCUUCUGGAUCCGUCUGCUGGCCCCCCUGAGAAGCACCCAGCGCAUCGGCUGUCGGGUUUUGGGCCGGCGAAGGGGGGCAGAGACGAUGAGGAGACUGCGACGCAUCAGCUGUCGGGGUUUGGGCUGGCGAAAGGGGGCAGGGAGGAGGAGGAGAUCACGAUGAGUUCUGGAGGUGCAAUGCUAUGCGAGCUUGAGAAGGGGGCAGCAGCUGCUGCAUGUUUCGUGGAGGUGGUGGGAUUUGUGAUUCCUGUUGCCGGGGGUCCAGUGCUUGCUGCAGCCAUCAACACGGGGGUUCGCUUCCUUUUCCUCCCCACUCCCACUCCCCAGGUUGUUGUUGCAUCGCUGCAAUUCAGAGGCACUGUGCAGUUCUCAUUCAGCACGCAAGCACGGCCGGUGAAGAGACAGAAGCAGCCAGAUGAGCGCACCGGAGGCGUGGAAGCGAAACAAGGGAAGGACGGCGGAGGUGAAGCGGAGGAGGAGGGAGAGGAAGAGGAGCAGUGCUGGGGUAACUUUGGCCGAGGGGCAGUGUGGGCGUUGCUAGAAGCAGGGCACAAUGUGGAACAGGGAGUGGUGGGAGUGAUGUGCGGGCAGCCAGGCAUGGACAGUGCAGGUGUCAGCUCCUCUGCAGCUACAGGUGUCGCAUUCCUAUUGGCCCUCGCCGAUGCCAACAACCUCUCACUCUCUCCAGCGGAACUCAUUGAGCUAGACAGGCUUAUAGAGAACGGUUUCCUUGGUUUGAGGAACGGAGUGUUGGACCAAUCAGCAAUCGUCCUUUCAAAAUCCGGCCACCUCACACGCAUCUGGUGCCAGGAUCGUCGACACGACUUCAUUCCACUCCCUGCGGGAUCACCAUCUGACCCCAAUAAACAAGAACCCCUCCCCCCAGUCGCUUUCAUCUUGGCCUUCUCAGGCAUGCAGGCGGCACUCACUUCCUCCUCGGGCUACAACAACCGCGUGCAGGAGUGCCAGGAAGCUGCCAGGAUGCUUCUCGCUGCAGCAGGCCUGGAAGUGCCUUCUUCUCCUGUUUUAUCACAAGUGCCUCUUCACGUCUUCAACACCCACAAGGACCAAUUACCUGAGGAGCUGCACCGCCGUGCCAUGCACUUCUUCUCAGAGAGCGCGCGCGUGCACCAGGGCGCUGAGGCUCUGCAGCAAGGCGACUGGCAGCUGUUUGGGCGCCUCAUGUCGGAGUCGGGGCAUAGCUCCAUCGAGCAGUACGAGUGCG